AUGAUUGGCUAUAUUCUGACAUUUAAUCUAAUUGUUGGCACAGGGGCUUUAGCCCUACCAAAAGCGUUCGAAUCAGCUGGUUACGUUCUUGGUAUACUAUUGCUCAUAAUAUCAUCAUUCAUGAGUUAUGUAUGUGCAACGUUUGUGGUAGAAGGGAUGGCGAUUGCAAAUGCAGCAAGCCGACGUUUCAAGUGGAAACCAGGUGUAGAAGCGAGUGAUAACGACUUGCGUUCCAUGUACAAAAUACAAGAACGUGUUGAAAUGAGUACUAUGGCGAGACUGUUCAUCGGUAAAUAUGGUUUGUUAUUCUUCAACACAAUCAUGACGGUUUAUUUAUUCGGUGAUCUCGUCGUUUAUACGGCUGCUGUUCCGAAGUCAAUCAUGAAUGUCAUAUGUGAUGCGGAAAUCAUGAACGAUGCGGCAUUUCAUGCUCUGAAGUUCCAUUGUUUAAGUCAGUCUGUCAAUGGCACUACAGCAAACGGCCAAAAUGAAUGCCAUGAACAUUGGCCAGAAUGGUUACAAAGAAUUACCGUAUACCGAAUGGCCAUAUUCGUUUUCGUUUGCUUUGUUACACCAUUGGUGUUGGUUGGUGUGCAACGAACCAAGUUUCUGCAAUUAUCAACAUCCAUAUGCAGAUGGACAGCGUUCAUAGUGAUGAUUGUACUAGCAUGUUUGCAACUCGCAAAAGAAGGAUCUCCAAGGAUACCACAAACAUACAACAUUCACGGAUUCGGCUCCCUGUUCGGCACAACCGUUUACGCAUUCAUGUGUCAUCACAGCUUACCGAGUAUUGUGACGCCGAUGAAAUCCAAAUCUCACAUAUUCAUCUAUUUGGGUCUAGUCUAUGCUCUAGUGCUCGCAUUCUAUUUGGCACUCGCUGUCUCGGGUACAUUCGCAUUUGAACAUAUUUUUGAUGUCUACUCGUUGAACUUCCUGCACUCCAAAACGGAUCAGUUUUAUGAAGUGAUAAUCAACUAUUUCCUGGCUUUAUUCCCAGUUUUUACGCUCACCUCAAAUUACCCAAUUGUGGCUUGUACACUGAUCAAUAACCUAACUGUUUUGAGCGAUCUCAUCCUCGAGCUGAGCACUCAAGAAUGCAAUCAUUCGAACGAUGAUAAAGCGAAGCAAAACGGUGAAAACAAGUCGAAGCUAGCGGACGAUACGAUAUCGGUGCAGACUGCUGCGCAUUCUCGGCACCAUAUCAUUGCAUUCGCUGUCAUCACACUGUCCACGCUAGUUGCUCUUUUCUCAGAUGAUAUCCUCAUUCUGACGUCAAUUACUGGUAGUUAUCCAGGUGUCGGUGUUCAAUACAUCAUUCCAUCCCUCAUUGCCAUCUACGCUCGAAGGUAUUGCUCACGUCAUAUGAACGAUGAAGUGCCGCGAGCGGUACGCAGUCCUUUCUAUUCUCCAGUAUGGCCUAAAUUGAUGUUAUUGUGGUCAGCAUUUACAAUGGUGAUGGUCACACUCAACUUUUGCCAUGUUUUUUCUUACUUACCAUGA